UGGCCUUCACGUCAAGGCUGCUGGUGCCCGAUCCAUGGUCAAGAACUUUGGCAUUCUUUCUCUAUGCCUUGGAUUUUAUUACUUUGAGGUGUUUAUUUUUUGCACUGUCAUUCCAGAUGUGAUACGCGGAGUAAAUCUAUCGUUUAAAAGGUUGUUAUUGCCGAAAGCACUGCACUACCUAUAAAGUACUUCCAACGGCAUGCGUCUCAAAUAGCCUCUGACAACCGUGUACAUCGCAAGUUCUGAAAGGGAAACUGUUUGAUCCUGUAACUCCUGGCCUUCACGUGUGGCUCAAAUUUGGAACUGCUAUCACUAACAGAAGACGGAGCAAAGUGUGAUAACUUUACUGGAAACUUUCUGGAAUGGAUUUGAUCUUGAUCUUGGCAACAGUGACAUUGUUGUCUCUUUACUUUUGGCUCAAAAGAGAAGAUCGACGUCUGCCGCCGUAUCCCGUCAUGCCCUUACCAAUAGUUGGGCAUAUGUUUGAGUUAACCUCUGACCUAAGGUCAAAGUUCAAACAAUGGCGGGAGAAAUGCGGCGAUAUCUUUUGCUUAAAAAUUGGGUCAAAGUUCAUGGUGGUGCUCAACGGAUAUGACCUGAUCAAGGAAGCCUUCGUACAAAAAGGACACGUCUUAUCAGAUCGACCCCUGAUCCCUUUGGAUUUGGUCUCAGGAUUACAUCACUAUGGCAUAGUUACAAGUUCUGGAAAAGUCUGGAAGGAGCAACGAGCCGUCGGGUUACAAAUCCUUCGAAAUUUCGGACUUGGAAACAAUAUAUUAGCGGAUAAAACACAGAAUGAAAUAUCCUACUAUAUCGAACAUUUGACUGAGAAUACGGGGAAACCCGUUGACAUUCACUUGAUCACCUAUGUCAGCUCUUCCAAUAUUAUUUGCUCUAUAUUGUUUGGACAUAGAUUUGAAUACACUGACCAACUGUUUCAAAAAGUAGUGACCAACGUGUCCCUCUUUGUGGGCAAUUUCAAUAUCAACAGUGCCAUUCUUUUUAUUCCUGCCUUACGACAUCUGCCCGGAGAUUUGUUUAGAGUCAAAGAGUCUAAGCAAGUUGUCAGAGAAAUGUUCCAAUUUUUUGACUCUUGUAUUGAAAAGUGUCGUAAAGGGGAGACUGGAGAAUGUUUCAUAUCAGAAUAUCUCAAAGAACAGGACAAGAGAGUUAAUAGUGGCAUUGAAACAUCCAUGGAUGAAAAUCAUUUGAAACGAAAUCUGUUUGACUUAUUCUUAGCUGGAACAGAUACUACCUCUAACACCAUCUAUUGGUUUGUACUUUAUAUGUUGCAUUAUCCAGAUGUUCAGAAAAAAAUAUUUGAUGAAAUUAAUGAGCAUGUUGGAACAGACAGAGUACCUAAUAUCCUAGACAAACAGAACCUGACGUAUUUGAACGCAGCUAUAAUGGAGACUCAGAGGAUCUCAAGUAUUGCCGCGAACUCUCUAGCCCACACUUGCCCAAGGGAUGUAAUCUUAAGGGGUUACACAAUACCUAAGGGGACCUUUGUCCUACCGAGUGUAGACUCCGUGUUUUAUGACGAGAAUAUUUGGGGAAAAGACGUCAUGACCUUUAGACCGGACAGAUUUAUUGACCAAGAUGGAGAACUGCUGAAUCCGGAGGAGUUUAUUCCGUUCAGCUUGGGAAAACGAAUUUGUUUAGGAAAAGCCAUGGCCAACGUCGAACUUUUCCUCUAUCUGGCCAACAUGCUUCAAAAAUUUGAGUUUCAACCAGUGGAUCCUGCGCAGCUCCCUACAUUGGACUAUGUGUUCGGGCAGACAGUAUAUCCUACAAAGUAUCAGCUAUUAAUCGUAUCUAGAUUCGGUUAAAUCCAAGCAACUAUUGUGUAGACGAUUGAAGGUGGACUUUAAAUAGGAUCGUUCAUGUGUAUAUACGUUAAGGUUGAGAGCAAAUGCUCCUAGCACAAAUUGUUGCUGCAGUCCAUACACAUCUUACAAAGGCACUGGGUCUGUUUCCACUCUAUAUUGUAUUUCAUUAAAAUAAUGCACAGAAUCAUGUCCCUUUUUCCUCUUGUAGU